GGUGAGGGUGUUCAAAAGAGUAAGCUUCUACAGAUCUCCUGCUCCAUCUCUUUGCAUACCCGAACAGCACACACUUACCAAAGUAAUGGCCGAGUCCAGGGCCCAGGACCAAUGCACAAGUAAGAAAUGAGGGUCUAGGACCAGGAUGUCAUUUCAGGCAGAAGAAACUUCUGUCCAAGAAGAUACUUUGUAUGCUGAGCAAAAAGAGAGAGCAACCAGAGCAAAAAAAGAGGUCUACCCGAACCAGUCCACCAGAAGCAGAAAAGCAAAGAAUGAGGGCAACAAAAAGAAGAAAAGGAAGAUUUUCUCAAUAUCAACCACCUCCUCAUCUCCUGCUCCAUCUACUUGCAUACCCCAAGCGGAAGAACCUUUUGUCCAAGAAGAUGCUCAAGCAUAUGCUGUGCAAAAAAGGAGAGCCACCAGAAGCAGACCACCAGAGUAUGAGCACACAGCACCAACUGCCAGCUUAUCUCCUCCUCCUUCUCCUCCCCACCACCACACAGCACCAACUGCCAGCUUAUCUCCUCCUCCUUCUCCUCCCCACCACGUAUCCUCAUCCACGAUGAGAGCAAGCCGAAGAAAGCGCCCCCGGCUCCCUCCUCGACGUAAGCCACCUCAUCGCCCACUCACCAGGGCACUAACCAAGGUUCAGCCCCCAGUGACUCGAACACAGGCUCGUCAAGUUCAUAGGGACCCGGAUGCCAUUUCAGACAUCCCUUGAUGACAGCUCCGGUUCAUAUGGAGGUGCCAGAAGAGACACCGCAAACUCCAUAGAAAGCCUGCUACCACUCAAGAAGAUUAAAAACUUCUGAUUCGCUGCCGCAUGAUCUUCCAAAAGUGCCUGAAACCACAGGUGUUGCUACUCCUGCCAAAGAUGAACUUUAACGCCGAGCACUGUGCCUGGAACUGUCGGCAAAACAACCCUAGUGGUGUGACUUUGCAUAAUUACAUAACAAAUCAGCCUAUUGUUAUCUAUUCUCCACCUAAAUAUACCUAUUUUCAGAAGUUCAAUAAAAUAUGUUGAAAGGUAAA